AUGGAUUUGACCGUGCCAUGCAGAAACGAUGCUGCUGCAUGUGACAAACAACAGAGCAGCAGUAGCUCCGUUGUAAGUGGACUUGUGGCUGGCGAUGAAACUGAUGUCGUCAGAAGUGAAUGCGAUCAGACGAACGAAGACACGGUAGACAGAAUCAUCAUGGCGCCGCCGACGCUUGUAGAGAAAGAAAUGGACGACAUGUUCAAAGAAGGCAUAUACCCAACGAUUCAGGAGGUCACCGAAGCGCUCGAACCAGAGGGUGGUAUGAUAUUCGGAUCAUUGGAUGAGUGCUUUUUCUUUUUCUGCAGAUAUGCGAGAAGGGUUGGCUUUGCUGCCAAGCGAUCAACGAGCAGAAGAUCGACAUAUGAUGGGCAGCUUGACAAGCACGUGUUCCAGUGCACCAAGGAAGGGCAGAAUAAAACAACUAAGAGACAUGUUAAGGAGAGAAGGAGCAACUGCUUGAUCCAGACAAGCUGCCCAGUCCAAAUAACAGCCAAGAGGGAUACAGAUAGGAGGAAAUGGCAUCUGAAGAACGUGCGCCUAGAGCACAACCACCAACUUCACCCAUCUGAUUGGAUGUUGAAGUUCAUGAGAUGCUAUAAGAAGAUGACACCUCAGGAGAAAUUCUUUAUACAAGUGCUGCAGAAGGCGAGGUUAGAACCAAGGAAGGUUAUGCAGAUUUUUACUGCCAUGGGGAAACCGAGGCGAGAAAUUAUGUUCGACAUGAUUGACAUAAGCAACAUUGCAUGCCAGGACAGGACUGGAGAGCGCAAUACUGAUAUCAAGGACACCAUGAAACUGUUUGCCGAUAUGCAGAGGCAGAGGGUGGGAUUCCACCAUGUGGAAGAGACAGAAAACAAUGUAGUGCGGAGCCUGUUCUGGACAGACUCGUUGUGCAAGAUGAAUUAUGAUCUAUAUGGAGAUUUCGUGUCUUUUGACACGACAUUCUCUACGAAUAUAUAUGGCUUGCCAUUUGCACCAAUUAUAGGUGUCGACAACCAUGGGUCGACCGUCCUGUUCGGAGUUGGCCUUUUGAAGGAUGAGAAGAUAGGGUCAUUUAAGUGGCUCCUAAGCACGUUUGUCGAGGCAAUGGGAGGAAAAGAGCCGAAAUACAUAAUAACAUACCAGGACCAGGCGAUGAAGACUGCAAUAAAGGAAGCUCUUCCGAGAAUGAGGCACAGGUUCUGCUAG